AUGGAUGAGAUAUUAAUGUAUUAGCGGAUGGGACCAUCUGCACUGACUCAAUAAUUAAACUCUAAGUAAGAGUCGCCGUGUAAUCUUAUGCUAGAAGAUGAUUAUCAAAUUUAAAGCCAAAGUAAUAUGAUUGAGAAUAAGAGCAUAGAUAUGAACAUGUCUAGGUAUGAAAGUAAAGUAAUAAAAUAAUCUUAUAACAGACUGAAUUUAAGAAACAUGCAUUAUUUUUAACAAAUAGAGCAUUAAGGACAAUUUAAACUUAAAAAUAAUCUCAUUUUUUGUAAAAGUUUAAAUUAUAGUUACAUGUACAUCGAUUCAUAAAUAAUUUAUUCACAAAUUCUUAUAUUCUUAGAAAUACUUAGAAGUUAAAGAUUAAAGAUAAGCUACUUGAAAAAUAAUUCAAUUGUUAAUAAAAGAAAAAAGGUAAUUAAAUAUAAAUUAUUAAGAUUAUGAGAAUAAAUCAGUUAUUCCAAUAUUCUUACCAUCUACUAAUUCAAUUAUGUUAUGGGAUAUUUUAGGAUUUAUAAGUAAUCUAAUGAUGCUAUGGCUUACUCCAUUCUUAGGAGCAUUCAAUAAUUAUUAUAAUGAAACAAUAUCGGUGCUUCAAAUAAUUAUAUUAAUAUAAUUAAUUUUUGAUUUUAUAGCACAAUUUAAUAGAGGCAUAUUUGUAUCUGCAGUUUUGAUAACAAAUAGGAAGAAGAUCAUUAAUUAAUACUUAAAAACAAAUGCUUUAUCAGAUUUCUUAAGAUUAUUUAUAUGGGCUGAUCUCAAAUAUUAAUUAUUAUUCACUUUUUAUUUUGAGAUCAUAAUAGUUCUAUAAAUAUUAUUAAUAUAUUAAAAACUACUCAGAUAUUUAUAAGAAUAUUAUUAUUAAUACAUUUAUUCAAAAGGGGGAUAAAAUUUAGUUUUAGAUUUGGUAUAGUUGAUAAUAUAAAUUUAUUAUUUUGCACAUAUCAUAGCUUGUAUAUGGCAUUAUGUUGGUGAGAAUACUUAACAUUUUCAGAAUUCUUGGAUAAUAGAAAACAAAUUAAAUGAAGAAACAGUAUGGCAUAGAUAUAAUACUGCUUUUUAUUGGGCAACUAUGACUAUGACAACUGUAGGUUAUGGAGAUUUUUCAGCUAAAAACUAAGUUGAAAUGAUUGCUUCUUCAAUAAUUAUGUUUUUUUCUAGUUAUGCUUUUGCUUAUACAAUGAGUUCAAUUGGAAUAAUCCUUAAAAAUGUUUAUGAUACAAAACAAACUUAUAAGUAUGAAUAUAAGUAUAAUUAGAAAGAACCUAAUUUAAAUGAUAUAAUAUAUGAGUAAAAAUUAGGUUGAUGAAUCUACAUAAGGAAGAAUAAGAAACUAUUUGAGAUUCUAAUAAGCAUAAGAGAAAAAAGAAAAUUAAGAUGAAAUUAUAAAUCUUAUUAAUCAAUUGCCAAAAAAUUUAUAAUAAGAUUUAAAUUCAGAUAUAUAAUCUAGAGUAAUUAAAAAGAUGAGUUUAAUUAUAAAUCAUUUUUCCAAGUUUACAUAAUAAAUGGUUGCUAAAAACCUAGAAUUAAUUUAAUUUAUUCCUGGAGAUAUUAUUUAUAAAUAAGGUGAUUAACAUGAAGAUAAUUUGUAAUAUUAUUAUUUAAUUCAGAUAUUUUUUAUCAAGUGGAGAGGCUAUUUUGAAAGAAAUGCAAACUGACUAAAAAUUAAGAUCUGUCAAAAGUUCAUAAUAUUUAGGUUAUUAUUCAUUUUUUACUGGAUUUCCACCUAAAGAAACUGCUAUUUGUUAAACCCCAAGUGAAUUAUAUAAAAUUAGUAGAAAGAAAUUUCUUGAUAUUAUAAGAUAAAAUUAAAAAGAUUCUGAAAUCUUUCAUCAUAUCAAAGAUAAAUUAAUAUUUUCAACUAAUUAUGUACUUUUUGAUCAUAAAUGUAAUUUUUGCAAUCGGUAUAUCCAUUAAGAAAUUGAUUGUCCUUUAAUUUAAUAUAAACCUGAUUUAGAAGCUCUUUUGAAGAAAUAAAAUUUUAAUCAGACUUUAAAUCUUAGAAGAUCAAUUAUUAGAACAAAGAGAAAACAUCAUGCAUUAGGUUAACAUUAACCUAUUGAAUAAUAACUUAAAUUAUUUCAAUAAGACAAUUAAAUUUGUGAUGAUUCAGAUUCUGAUUUAGAAGAAAAAAUAAGAAAUGAGAAAACAUAUUUUUCAGAAUAAUAAAGAAGUUCAUCCUAAUUAUUAUAAAGUGAAGAUGAUGGACAUAUUGAAAAUACUCCACCUAGAUAUACUCAAAAAAGAGUAACAUAACAUUAGGGUCAAUUAAAAUUAUAAAAAAGUAAUUUUUAUUUUUUAUUUAGUGUCAUCUUUUUCAAAAUAAAAAAUAGGAUAAAUUGAAUAGAAAACUUCUUUAAGAAGAAUGUUAAUUUAAAAUGAAGAGUAGAUUGUGAUUAAAAGCUAAAGUAUGAUUGAGGAUAUGCAAUUAUUAUUAUAAAAAUAAUUGAAAUCCUCUUUUAAUUUAGAUAAAGUAAGUAAUACAUUUCAAAGUUAUAUGCCUCAAUAUACAAUUGAAUCAUAAAUUAAAGAAUUACAAAAAGGACAAAAAAAAAGAUUAAGAAGAUAUUGGAAAUAAAAUGAAAAACUUGGUAAAUAUACAUUUUCUAAUAAUGUCAAAGUAUUAGCAUUAAAAAUAAUCAAUUAAGGUAGAAAAUUAAAUAAAUCUUGA